UUUUCUUUUUUCUUUUUUUGAUAUUUUUCAGGGUAUUUUCUUUCUCAUACGGAUUUGGCCAUCGUGUAUAGGCUUUCCUUUCUAGAAAUUUCGAAUUUGUUCCUUUUUUUAUUUGUUAAUUUAGUUGUUUGAAAAAUUUAAUUUAAAAUUUUGUAUUUUUUUUUGUAAUUUUAUUUAAUUUGUGAUUAUCAUCAUCAUCAUCAUCAUUUGAAUUAAAAUGUCGAUUCCAGAAUUGAACGAUGAGCAACAGAAAUCAUCGAAUGAACAUGGUGAUUCUGUAACCACCACUCAUACAACACCAAUUACAAAUGGUCAUUGUAUGGUAGUUGAUUCGAAUAAUAAUCAUCAAAAACCGGAUGAAAUUUUUCUUUUUUCAUCCGAAUCGGUUGGUGAAGGACAUCCAGAUAAAAUGUGUGAUCAAAUUAGUGAUGCUGUAUUGAGUGCAUUUUUGCGAUUAGAUCCAAAUGCAAAAGUUGCCUGUGAAACAAUUACAAAAACCGGAAUGAUAAUGGUUUUUGGUGAAAUAUCAUCAUCAUCACAUAUUGAUUAUCAAGAUGUUGUCAGACAAACAGUAAAACGUAUUGGUUAUGAUUCAAGUGAAAAAGGUUUUGAUUAUAAAACCUGUAAUGUAUUGGUUGCUAUUGAACAACAAUCAUCGGAAAUUGCAUCUGGUGUACAUCAUAAACGUUCGGAUGAAGAUAUUGGUGCCGGUGAUCAAGGUAUAAUGUUUGGUUAUGCAACAGAUGAAACUGAAGAAUGUAUGCCAUUGACUGUUGUACUUGCACAUAAAAUCAAUGCAAAAUUGGCCGAAUUACGACGAUCAGGUGAUUUAUGGUGGGCACGACCAGAUUCAAAAUCACAAAUAACAUGUGAAUAUCAUGUUAUUAAUGGUCGUACAAUACCGACACGUGUUCAUACGGUUGUUGUAUCGACACAACAUUCGGAAAAAAUAUCAAUUGAUGAAUUACGUCGUGAAGUAAAGGAUAAAGUAAUCAAAGCUGUUAUACCGGAAUGGUUAUUGGAUGAAAAAACACGUUAUUAUAUUAAUCCAUGUGGUAGUUUUGUACUUGGUGGUCCAUUUAGUGAUGCCGGUCUUACUGGUCGUAAAAUUAUUGUCGAUACAUAUGGUGGAUGGGGUGCACAUGGUGGUGGUGCAUUUAGUGGUAAAGAUCCAUCAAAAGUUGAUCGUUCGGCUGCUUAUGCUGCCAGAUGGGUAGCUAAAAGUUUAGUUAAAGCUGGUCUUUGUAGCCGAUGUUUGGUUCAGAUUUCAUAUGCAAUCGGUGUUGCUCAACCAAUUUCAAUUACAAUAAUGGAUUAUGGAACCGGAACAAAAUCAACAAAAGAAUUAUUACAAAUUGUUAAAAAUAAUUUUGAUCUUCGUCCCGGUAUGAUAAUCAAAGAAUUGAAUUUACAUGCACCAAUCUAUGAUCAAAUCGGUGCAUAUGGACAUUUUGGUCGUGAUGAAUUUUCAUGGGAACAGCCAAAAAAAUUGGUUUUCUGAUAUCAAAUGAUUCGAAUAAUGAUGAUGAUGAGGAUACUAUUAUCAAUCAUUUUCUAUAUUAACAAU